GCUGUGCCUCCAGCUCACUGUGUUUGAUAUGAUUUCUCAUUAGCAGUGGGUUUGAUAAAGGUCUGGUUACCCUUGCAGACGUGGACUCGUCCUCAUUUCUGCUGAUCAUUGAUCUCUGAUAGUCUUAUCAGCCUCAUAUAAAGAACGUCCAGCUCAGGCUCUGUCUCACUGAUACACGUUCAGCAAAAGACUAAAGAUUAUGCCGCUGACCCAGCGUCUGCUCAUCCUGACCGCUCUGCUGUCUCUGCUCCUGGCCUUACAGGCCCAGGCGGCACCCAUUGACACUGACUGGGCAAGUGGACUGAUCCAUCGGGCCAAGCGCUCUUUACUGUGGCGAUGGAACACUCUCAAACCCGUGGGUUCUGGAUGCAGAGAUCAUUAUGAGUGCGGAACCAACUACUGCAGGAGGCACACGUGCUCCUUCAAUAAAGCCCAAAAUGCGUGACUGGGAGAUGAUUAUGACACCAAAUCAAAAUGAUGGAAAACAAAAUUGUGCAUCCCUUGAUUUCUCAAACAUCAAGACCUACAUCAAUCUGACAGAACAUCUAAAGACAGCAGAAAACUUUCAGAUCGACACCAAUCUCAAGACUGUAUUCAGGUGAAUCUCAGCAAGAAAUGCCCAGGUCAUAUUAACCUCCAAAAUCAGAACUGUUUUAAUUUAUUUGAUUUUGGGCUGAAAAUAUGACCCGGCCUGUUCUUGACACAUUCACCUCGUCAGAAACCUCUCAGGAAUACGUCUGCAAGAACUCCAGUUUCAUCAUCGAUGUUUUAUAGUUGUACAGAUCUUGAUAAUGUGUAAAAUAUGAACUUUGCAUCUAUAGUUUCUGAUUCAGAUUUAAUGAGGCCGAGAUGUUUGAUCUUAUAAAAUACAAACACACAUGGCAAAAGAA